AACUCCGGUCGAACGAUGACAGUCACUAACGUCGACGACGAGCUCCAAGCCGCCAAGAACGACGCUGGGCGUGCUCCUACAAUGUUUGCCAACACGCCGCGCUGCGCAAUGCGAGACUCUUGUGGAAAGAAAGGUGGAAUAUUCGGUCGGGAUCUCCCUUGUCCCUAUGAUGGGCAGCCUGUCCAGCCGACUUCAAGGGAGCUCGACCUCUUGAACUCCAUAUGUCCCUCUCUUUCUCAUCCAGAAUCACCCGGGACAUGUUGCUCGGAAUCACAACUAGUCGAACUAUCCUCCAAUUUCGCCCAGGUUGACCCCAUUUUCGGUCCCUGUCCAGCUUGUCGCAAUAAUUUUCGUACAUUCUUCUGCGAAUUCACCUGUUCGCCCUAUCAAGCCCAAUUUGUCAACAUUACAUCAACUCAGGAAACCUCUACGGGACAACAAGGGGUGGAAUCGUUAGAUUUCUAUGUCGGAGAACGGUUCAAGAACGGUUUCUGGAAUAGCUGUAAAGAUGUAAAGCUUGGAUCUGCCAGUGAAUUCGUGAUGGAUAUCAUAUUCGGAGGUGUGGAGGAUGCCGGGGGUUUCCUCAAGUAUUUAGGGGAUGAGAGGGAUAUGGGGAGUCCAUUCCAGGUAAAUUUCCCGGAGUCACCAGACACGAAUCCAUCGUCCAUGCAACCGCUGGACACACCACCCCGCUCCUGCUCAGACCUCUCAGACCUCUCGAGUCGAUGUACAUGCAUUGACUGUGCGUCUAUCUGUCCUGCUUUGCCGGCCAUCCCACCCCCUUCACACUGCAUCAUCGGAUAUCCCAAUAUCUUUGGUCGCACAUUGCCCAUAUCUUGUUUAUCAUUUUCACUGGUUUUGUCGUACAUUCUCAUAGCUGUCAUUGGACUUGCUGUUGGCUUCCUUCUCCACCGGCGACGACGCAAACAAAAAUUGUCGUUAGGCCUUUCGUUUGACCAUACCCAUUCCAACGCCACUACAACGUCCCCAACAGCUGGCCGCACCGGUCACGGAUUGUUAGGCGCUGCUUCACUUGCGCACGAAGAUUCGAGUGGCCGUCGUAUACACAUUGACGAUCCUUCCCCUACUUCGAACACGCCUCUCAACAACCUUUCAUCAGUCGCCCACGCCGCGCCACAUCUUCUUGACCCACUUACAUCAUCUCAACCUCGCGGUCACCGGUUAAGCAGCUUUUUGAGACGGACAUUCUAUAGGCUAGGUCUUUUAUGUGCCUCUUCCCCGCUCCUUGUGUUCAUCGUCGGGAGCGUUGUGAUGGGAGUCUUGAAUGGAGUCGGCUGGAAGUUCUUCACAGUCGAAACAUCUCCCGUGCGGUUAUGGGUCGGUCCCGGCAGUGAGAGUAGAAUACAGAAGGAAAUGUUUGAUGAGUGGUUUGGACCGUUCUAUAGAGUCGAGCAGGUGUUCGUGACGUCAGCUCUAUCCACCUCUUCCCCUUCACCUGUUCUCUCUUAUUCUCAUCUCAAAUAUUGGUUCGGCGUCGAAGAAGAUAUCCGCUCGUUGAAAUCUCGGCCUAAUGGAUAUACUCUUGAGGAUGUGUGCUUCAAGCCCACUGGGGAUGCGUGUGUGGUUCAGAGUAUCAGUGCUUGGUUUCCGGGUGGCCUUUUGGACAAAGACGAAUGGGAACAACGGGUUCUUGAAUGCUCAGUCUACCCGACCAAUUGUCUGCCCGAUUUUGGCCAACCUCUCAAGGCUGUUAAUGUUUUAGGUGGGAUACCCAACAAAGAGGAGGGGCGAAGAGACGUCCUCAAUUCUGAAGCCAUGGUUAUCACAUACGUAGUAAAUGACUCAUUAGAUCCUGAAGUGCAGGGGCGGGCAGAGGAAUGGGAAAGAACUCUGAGAGCUUACCUCGUGGAUCUCUCCGAACGGAUCAUAAGUGAAACAAGCUACCAUAAAGGGGAAGGCAGAUUUGAGGAACGAGAGGAUCCAGGACUUCAAAUUUCUUGGUCUACAGGCGUUUCACUUGAAGAGGAAAUCAAUAAAUCGACGAAUAUGGAUGUCCGAAUUGUGGUUGGGAGCUACCUCGCGAUGUUUGUUUAUGUCGCUAUUGCUUUGGGUAACAAUGGCGUUGGGAACACGCAUCGAAAACGGAGAGGCUCAAAUUCUCCGUUCGGUCGAAUCAGGGCGUUAUUGAGUCUAGGCUCUGCUGGCCUUAGCGAUACUAGGUCGAAUCAGAGCACAGCUGCUCCGGGAGUCCGUGUAUCAUCACUUUCGACUCUGCGAUCUGUUGUCGUGAAUUCAAAAGUGAUGUUGGGAUUGUUUGGCAUUGCGUUGGUGAUCAUAAGCGUGAGCACGAGUGUAGCUUUCUUUAGUUUAUGUGGUGUUAGGGUCACGUUAAUCAUUGCCGAGGUCAUUCCGUUUUUGGUGUUGGCUGUCGGAGUGGACAAUGUCUUUAUACUGGUAAACGAAUUGGAUCGGCAGAAUACCUUGCAUGGACCUGGAGCAUUAGUCGCCUACCACUCAAAUCCGUUCCCAUCCUCUAGGCACCCCUCCCAAUACUCCAUAAGACCAAUGAGUCCUACUGGCAGCACGGGAAGAUAUCCCUCCACUGACGGAGAACACGAAGAUACAGCCUCCAUGCCUCUCCUCCUGACUCCGGAAGAGCGCGUUGCUCGCACACUCGCUAAAAUGGGCCCCUCGAUCCUUUUAUCGACUAUCACAGAAACCACGGCAUUCUUGCUGGGUGCUUUGGUACCCAUGCCGGCGGUGAAGAAUUUUGCAUUAUAUGCGGGUGGUAGUGUGUUAAUCAAUGGUUUCCUCCAAGUAACUGUCCUUGUUAGCGGCCUCGUUCUUGACCUUCGUCGCACUGAGGCCAAUCGCGUCGACUGCGUCCCUUGUCUGACACUCUCAGGACGUAUUCAACUCCCUCCAGACUCGGAUGACGCUCAGGCUCCGAAUCCAGGGCAGGGAUUAUCCGGCCCUUAUGUUGGAAGUGGAUAUACCCCUCCAGCGAAGGGUGAAAACAUGUUGACUCGAUUUAUUCGGAGACAUUAUGCACCGUGGCUAUUGAGGCCGUGGGUAAAGGGUGGGGUUUUAGUGGUUUUCGGAGGUAUUUGGAUACUAAGCAUAAUAUCGAUCCAGUCCCUCAAAUUGGGACUGGACCAGAGACUGGCACUGCCCAGUGACUCGUACCUUGUGAAUUACUUCAAUGCUGUCGAUGACCUGUUGGAAGUCGGCCCGCCGGUUUAUUUUGUUACUCACUCCGUGGACGUCACAAAGCGAUCCGGUCAACAGGCCCUUUGCGGGAGGUUCACUACUUGCGAGGAGUUCUCUGUUGCAAACGUACUUGAGGUUGAAAGAAGGCGUGAAAAGGAGGGCAGCGGCCCUUGGGACCGGUCUUUCAUUGCUGAACCGACAGCGAGUUGGAUAGAUGACUUCCUUGGCUGGUUGAAUCCGGAUCAGGAAAGUUGUUGUAGAGUCAUGAAGAGUGAUCCGACAGUCUUCUGUACCCCACAAGACCGUGCUUCCCGAUGCCAGCCGUGCUUCAAGGAUAGGCACCCCGGAUGGAAUAUCACUAUGAAGGGGAUGCCAGAAGGUGAAGAGUUUAUGCGAUAUUUACGUCACUGGCUUCAAAGUCCCACCAACGAAGAGUGUCCUUUGGCAGGAAAAGCAUCAUUUGGAACCGCAUUGGCGCUCUCUGGUAGUGACACGAGUGAUCUGAUGGCUCCAGACUCUCCCGGAACGGUUAUUGCCUCGCAUCUCCGAACUUUCCACACGCCUUUGAGAUCUCAGGAGGAUUUCAUUGACUCCUUCGAAGCUGCCCACAGAAUAGCUGGAGAGAUCGAAAAGUCUCUGACAGACGCUGGCCACCAAAUUAGUGUUUUCCCGUACUCGUUGCACUACGUGUUCUUCGACCAAUAUACCCAUAUCAUUGGCAUGACACAGACUGUGCUGGGACUUGGGUUGGGAAGUGUGUUAGUUAUCACUUCUGUUUUAUUGGGAAGUUUGAGGGUGGGGCUUAUCGUGAGUGGCGUUGUCGGGGGUGUUGUGUGUGUCGUACUUGGGGUAAUGUCGGUCUGGGAUGUCAGGCUCAAUGCCAUAUCGCUCGUGAAUUUGAGCAUCUGUUUGGGAAUAGGGGUGGAGUUUUGCGUGCAUGUCGCUCGGGCGUAUGUUAAUCCUGGCGGAGGCUAUGGGGUUGGUGGUGAUGGAGCUUGGGGUGGAGACCAAGGUCAGGCAUACGACACGAUGGAGCUUGAUCGCGAAGAACUUGAGAAGAAUGCACAGAAAGAAAGAGAUGAGAGGAUGUGGAUGGCUCUGGUUGACGUUGGGCCCUCGGUUCUAUCUGGAAUUACCUUCACUAAACUAAUUGGAAUGAGUGUCCUUGGACUCACCCGUUCGAAGUUGCUCGAGAUCUAUUACUUCCGCACUUGGUUAACUCUUAUUAUUUCCGGUGCUCUGCACGGUCUGGUUUUACUCCCAGUUGUGCUGAGUUGGGCGGGAGGAAAGGGUAUACCUCUCCAAGGGCAAGAAGCGGACGAGGAAUGGAUGGUCCGGGUGAUGCAUGGGGAGGGUGGAUACGAGUACCAGCCCUUCAUGGCGGAUGAUGACAGCAGUGUCAGGAGCGAUUAGAGCCCUACUACUGGAGUUUCAUACAGCAUCCACGCUUCUCAAUCUCCGUCAUUAUGCAUGUUUUAUUGUUAUUAUCGAGACUUCACACAUGUUGGUAAGUAUACGGAGAUACUAUCAAUCGUGGUCAGUGUAUCCUGCAGCUGUCAACAGAAAAGUACGCCAAAUGGAGUUUGUCUGCCUUGGAAGGGAAAUCCCGGAAGAUUUCGAGCCACUCUUCCAACGGCAUUCUUACAAUAAGUAACAAUAAAAACA